UGCUGUUCCUUUCUGAAGAAAACGACCCUGCUGUUCUUCUAUGAAUCCCCAACUCGCUCCUGCAGUUUCUAUCUCUUUCUCUCUCUGUAAUUCACAGGAGUUAGUACUGUAUAAUAUAGUGAUUUGUUCAAUUUCAGACUUGGUGUUUGUAGUGUUAUAUUGGUGAUCUGUGAGCUGAACCGUGGCAUGUGUCACUCAGUUUGUAUGCUUGAUAAUUAGCUAUAUAUAUCCCCUGUCCAUUUCUUGCUUAAGAACCUUGUUUCAUUGUGUAGUCUCUGUGAUAGCUCCAGUACAUGUGAUUUUUGUGUUGUCUCAAGUACCUGUUAUAUAUAUACAUAUGUGUGUGUCUGUGAUGUGAUACAUUUAUGUUCUGUCCUACAACCUUGUUUCUUCCCCCUGUUAAUUGUUAGAUAUAUAUAUAGAUAUGUUCAUGUCUUUUUAAUUCCUUAGCCGUUUGAUGUUUGCUUGUUUUAGCAUUUUCUUUCUCAAGUAUAACGAAAAUAUCAAAAAGACCGAGUAAAGAUAAUCUUCAUCUCCCUUUGCUUCUGCGUCAUUUCCUUUGUUGAUGAUCUUUGUUAGUGUUAGGUUUAUUUUCUGUUUUCAUCACCCAAUAUUGUGUUACCUAGAUUUAGCCUAGUGUAGUCGCUGAUCGCCUAGUUCCUGAGGAGAACACGACACUUGCAGAUUUGGGCGAAAUAUCCCACUGUACUUUCAAUUGAUCAUUUUGGCGCCGUUGCCGGGGACUAGCGUCGUGCGACCGUGUUAGGCUAUAGACUAGGUUUUUCUUCUUUUUCUAGUUUGUGCCAUAUAUUUGUGAUAUAUCUCUAACUCCUAACCCGUGUUCUAGUUUAUUUCCUCUUUGUUUUCUUUUCCUUUUUGCAGGUUAGAACUAUCUUCUCGGUAAUGGCUUACUAUUCAGAUCAUCAUGCUUAUGCGAGCAACACUACAAACAGCACGGAAAGUAUUCAAGAACUGAUAAGUAAGAUUUCCCAUCGAUUAGAUGAUUUAGCUCGGCAGCGAGAAGUAGUUUUUGAGGAUAGGUCUAGCUCUUAUGAUCCUUAUUCUAGAGGUCAUCCUUAUGUUGCUCCUACAUGCCAUAUUUGUGGAUUUCAGGGCCAUUCACCCGCUGAAUGUCAGCGUGGUUACUCUCACCCUCCCGAUAAUUAUGGCAUGAGCUUCGCCCCACAGCCUAGCUCAUACCAAAACAAUUACUCAUAUGGGUGGCCUGAAAACCAGAAUAUGUCAUAUAGGAACAACAGCCCUGAGAUCUCAUCGUUUGCCUCUAGUUAUCCAUUGCAGGGAAUUAGGUACAAUGAGGAGAGCCACAACCAUGCACCACAACAGUUUUAUUCACCUCCUACUCAUAUACCGCAGCACCAGGAGAUGUGUCCAAUGGAGUUAAAUGGUCCUCCAUUUGGUCAACCAACAACUCCAGCACCUGUUGUGCAAUCUCAUGUGCAAGUGCCCACACAAGAUGAGUUCGAUGACAUAGACAAGCUCACACUUUUGAGUCUCGAGUUCACUUGGAGUGCCGAGGAUGAUCCUAUUAGGAAGGUGAUACUUGAGGAAAUGAAGAAGAUUAAGAGUGGAAAGGAGCUAGUGGAAGAAGUAAGGAAGAUUGAGAAGAACAUCAACGCUGGCAGUACUAUCUCUUCCCUCCUUGAGCUGAGUGUUGCUGGGAUAUACCUUGAGGUGUGUGAGGUUCGAACACCUUCACAUUCAGCUGAGCAAGAUAGCGAGAGUCCAGAGGAAGAGAUACUUCAGAUCCAAGAAGAGAUUCUCGAAGCCAAGGCACAAGAUGAUCCAGAGCUCAACUACCCAAGUGAUCAGGUCGAAGACCUUGAAGAUCCAAUGUAAAUCCUUCCUGAAGAAGUAAAAGAAGCUCCUGUAGUUGAAGAUGAAGAACCAGAAAUCAUUUGCCCAUCGUCAUACAAGAGCGUGAUGUAGCAGGUUUAUCUAAUCCUCUUGAUGACAUGCGUCCAUAUGAUCUGUUUGCUACUACUUUGCAUUGCAUGAUACCAUCAAUUAAGCUAGACUUGAAAAACUGUUUGCUUGGACAUGAUCAUACAUACCCUGUUAUUGGCAUUUCUCUCAUUUAUGAUGACACUUAUUCUCCUUAUGCUAGUCCUAUGCUUUUAAUGAAACAUAUCAUUCCCAUGCUAGUCUUGAGCUUAAUGAUAAAUAUCAUCCUCAUGUUAGUGUUGACCUUGCUGAUUUCUACCAUCCUAAAUAUGUGCUUUAUAGCUAUGCUUAUGUAAUUGGAUACUCGAUUGAUGACUUGGAGGGUAUUAUCCCUACCGCUUGCAUCGUCUCUUUUGUGGAGUGUUCUUUCAGGUUUUUGCUUCUGCAUCGUUCACUUCAUGCUGAUCAGGUUCGAGGUGACAUUCCUUGGGACCCUGGUGGACUCAGAGCAUGGGGAUGAGGAGAAGCAAGGGGGCACACACGAAGAAGAGUGAAGCUGGAGCAUCCAUGAGGAAGCAAAAGGAAGAGCUGCAGUUCAGAGAGUGAUUGUGCGAGACCUACAUCAUAUAAGCUCGAAAAGUGUGACAAGGCACAAAAUCCUUCUACUACAAAUGAUCAAGUGAUGGAGUCAAGGUCCCGAGCGAGAAGAAAAGAAGUUACCAGGGGC